AUGUCUCCAAGUCGUGUUGAAAAGAAGCCGAGGGUCGUCUGUCUCGGCAAGCCGAAGUUCGUCGGUGACGAUUAUCUGGCCAAAUUUCAAGAAGAGUAUGACUUCACCAUACUAGAGGCCUACGAUCACAAGCAGACCAAGGAGAAGCUCCCAGUAGAGCUCAAGGAGAAUGGCCCUAUCGAUGCUUUCAUUAUUCGAAUGGGUACUCCCCCGUAUGAGCCCUUCGAUGAGGAAAUGUUCCGGAUGAUGGCUCCUAGCCUGCGUAUCGUCACGUCAGCAAGUGCUGGUUUCAACGAAUUUCCUGCUGAGUGGUUGGCCAACGAGGGCAUCUAUUUCUGUAACACGGUUGACGCUGUUGCAGAAGCCACGGCUGAUAUGGCUCUAUUUCUCACUCUCGCGGUCCUGAGGAACACGACAAAUGCUGAGAAGAGCGCAAGAAAUGGCACAUGGCGCAAGGCUGAGGGCAUUGUGCCGGCUAGAGAUCCCUCAGGGCUAACGCUCGGUAUCGUUGGCAUGGGAGCUAUUGGAAAGUACCUGGCAAAGAAGGCAGCAGUUUUCAACCUCAAGAUUCGGUAUUACAAUCGGAAUCAACUGUCAUCGGAGGAAGAAGCUAAAUAUGGAGCCACUUACUGCAAAUCGCUGCAUGAGCUCCUAUCUUCAUCUGACAUUGUCUCCCUAAAUUGCCCACUAAAUGCCAACACAACGAAUCUCAUUGGACCGAAGGAGUUCGCGUCUAUGAAGGAUGGUGCAUUCUUGGUCAACACAGCUCGUGGUGCGGUAGUGAAUGAGGCAGCACUCAAGGAUGCCCUGACUUCUGGCAAAGUUACGCGUGCAGGACUAGAUGUCUUCUGUGAUGAGCCAAACGUAGACAAAUGGUUCCUGGAGAGCGACAAGGUGAUUGUACAACCCCAUCUUGGCGGCCUUACGGAUAUGGCAUACCAGAAGGCGGAGAGGGAAUGCUUCGAGAACAUCAAGGCGCUCUUCAAGACGGGAAAACCAAACUCGCCUGUACUGCCGCUGAAGAAAUGA